ACGUUUGAAACCACGCGGCAAGAGGACAAGAUUUGUAUCAACAAUUUCAGCAGAUUGUUUUUGAGACACCAAUUGCAAUGAAUCCAACUGUGUUGUUAGCAGCUGCUUUUUUGAUAACCUUAUAUGGGCAUUCAGAAGCUGGCGUAAUAAAAGGCGAUGACGUCAACUCAAGCAUAUCUAAGAGAGCAAAACGUUCAGUUUUAAGCAUUAGAGCACAUCAUACAAAUUGUCGGACUGUUGUUGGACCAGCGAGACUUGCUGAAGGACAAUCGUUACAGAACCUGGACAGACACCACGUGAAUUGUGAUGGCACAGACGAGUUUCUUGUAUCUUGGAGACUACAGAGACAGGACCCAAACAAGUACAACUACCAGUCGAUGGUCUAUAAGUGUUGCCAAAUAAGCUUCGAUGUCCCUAACUUUUAA